AGCAGCAACGAGGGAAGAGGUGUGCGAGGUGAGAUCACCGACAGCGGGGAGGGAAGGAAAGGUUCGGUGGCGGCGGUUCUGCCAGAGGUGGUGCAUGUGACGAUGGGAAUCAGAGAGGACGACUGGCAUGGAGCUGUGGCGUUCGCCGUUGGUGCGGAGGAUCUCCAGCGCAGGGGUAUUAUUGCAUCCGCCGCGGCACCAAGAAGGGCAGCGGGAGAGGAAGAUGAGAAUUCUUCGAAGGCUGAGAAGGGCGAGUCUACGACUGACUCUUCCUUUUUCAAGUUUGGGCUGGGGCUGCAUCCAUGGUACGCCCACGCGAGGUCCAAGGAGUGGCUGCGCGAUCUCACGGCGCUACUCGAGCAGCAUCCGCACGCCCUUGUGGGGCUCGACAAAGUGGCCCGCACCCCCGACACCAGAAGGGUGGAGUGGGACGAUCAGAUGGAGCUAGCGGCGAGGAUGUCUCGGCCGGUCUCGGUGCACUGCGUCAAGGCCCACGGGAAGCUAGUGGACUGCCUUCGAGGGUCAGGGCUAGACGGUCCUGCAACACACAAUAGCAGCAGCAGCAGCAGCAGGGGCAGCAGCAGCGGCAGCAAAAGCAGCGGCGGCGGCGGCGGCGGUGCCGACAAAGGGCGGGCGCAGAGCGGAGUUGAAGGCAGCGGUGGUGGAGGCAGCGUUCUCGCGGAGGGAGGCAUUGGCGGCGACUUUUGUCGUGGUGGGGGCGGUGAUGGGUUGAUAGAGCGCAAGACCGGGUGUCCGCCAGCUGGGGGGCAGAAAGAGGGGCACAAUGGCCUGGGAGGGGAGAGAAAGAGGUGGCGACUUCCGCCGCGAAUCGCACUGCACUCCUUCACGGGAUCAGUGGAGGUCGCCAAAGACAUUACAAGGCUCGGCGCGCGGAGGGGCUACGGUAGCGAGGUUUUCUUUGGGUUUUCGGCGGCGGUAAACAUGCGGGGCGACCGUGAGACGAAGCGAUUGGUCGAUGUGCUGAAAGUUGUCCCCGACUCUCGGAUUUUGAUAGAGACCGACAGGCGGGCUCCGGCGAGGGAAGCGGUGGAGGAACUCCUGCGGGUGUGUGACGCAAUUGCGGAAGCCAAGGGGGUUUCGGCCGAGGAGGCCGCGGCGCUCGCAAGCGGAAACGCCGCCCGGUUUCUGGCAAUGCCGUGAUGUUCGAAGGAGGUGGUCUCACCACAACCAAGAGAAAAAGAAGAUCUCGACGUACAUGCGAUGCGGUGGCGAGUUGGUUCUCUUGCAGGAAGGAGUUCAUUCCCUUUUGUAGAAGG